AUGGACUCUCGUUCACCCACAACCACCCUCCGACCACCGAUCCUUCUGUGCACGCGUGCCAUGCUCAUUGCAAAAUACAUCUUGCUACGUGGAUUGGAUAUUAACAUCCCUUGUGACGAAGAAUUGAUCCCGGAUAGCAAUGUAGGAAAAGAUGACCCUGGAAGGCGAUCGCCUCUGGCAAAACAGGCGCGAAAGCGAGUAUCAAGUCAUAUACAUGUCUUAAAGUCCUACCUCGCUACCUUGGUCACUGGUCAUUUUAUCUUGCCUGUCAAUCAAGCUGUCCCAACCAAUCAGGACGUAAACGACUUAAACUACAACAAGCUCCUCACCGCUAUUGCUGACGGCAUCCUCCCUAACGAGCUUCCAAACUACGACUACUUCUCCAUGCUGCUAGGUGCAGACGAGGAUAAACCGUCGUCAUCCAUCGAAGAGAUAUCUCGCAAGUGGGCCCUGAGCUUUCCAGAGCUAAGCGGUCGACUCAUGAGCGCCCUGAACGACACAGGUCGCCCUGGAUAUGCAUUCGGGCUCCACAUUCCCAAACGACUCCGAGCUCCGAGGCGUGAUCGCACUCGCCAUCUGUCUGCCCUCCCUUCAGCACCACAGCUGGAAAUCUGUGACGUCCAUCGCAAAGCCAAAGAGCUGCAAAUUCCUGGGUCUGAGAUAGGCUUCUGGGACCACAGUGAACUGGUGGAGGCCUUUGCAUCUGGAGACGCCGCCGGCUAUGGCAACGAGCCGUAUGACUUUACCAUUGGCGGUCAACACCAAAUAGGUCAACGCGAGAAGGAACAUGGGUGCCCAGUCCACAAGCCACCAGGGGCAAGCCCGGGUGCUUAUCCUCCCAUGCCACUGGUUGACAAGGCCUCAAGCGUCAUGGAGCUUCUAUCUAAGGUUGCCAUGUACCAGGAACUUCGAGGCCUCAACUUCCAAGCUGACACGCUCCUUGGCAUGACGAACCUGAACAAGCAUAUCGCGAACAUUGGCAGUUUCGGCACAGAGCACCCUGACACCAGUGAGACGGGGCAUUGUACUCCUUCAAUCGUCUUCUCACGAAUAGGCCACACGGCUCGUCCUGAGCUUUCCAUCGAUGAAGCGUCAGGGACCACGAUCUACUCACUGGCGGAAUUCGAGGAUUGGAUCGAGCAGUCCCUGGAGCGCUGGGUCGUCAUCCACGUUGGGCUGGAAGACACCUGCCACAGGCUGGCUGGCCUCGUCGAAGCGUACCACGCACAAGCCAAAACCACCUACCACGAGAAUCCAGUCAACCUCUCGCAUUACGAUAUCGGAUUCCCGCCCAGGUUACUGGACGUCCUCCUCCUCCCCAUAAAGUCACCGAUGGAACGUCUGUCCCGCAUCGAGUCCUACAUCUAUUCACGUCAGAAUAGCGCCAGAUUCAAGGGCACCUCGGUUUUUGGUGGGUUUGGACUAGCCUAUUCGUUCGCCGUCUGGUACUUCGAUAUUUCAGAGACGCAUCAGUCUAUUCGCAGCCAGAUCCAGGAUGCGGCCCGAAAAGACAGAGACCGUACACUUGAUGACUUGGACAGGUGCUGGGCAGCUUACCUUGAGCUCAAGCGCCGCCACGAGACGUCUACCCACCAUAAAAUCGAGGUCUAUAGACGCGGCGAGUUCGUUCUGGAGUUUUUGAUCCACGAAUGGCCUCUUCCAGCCGUUGAGUCAGAAGCGAAGGCCGUCGUGUUUGAGCUCCAGGUUCCAGGACCAAUCGCCACAUGGCGUAGGCUCACACUGAACUUGCUCGUAGACAUGCUCGACGUUGAGCAACGCCCGACAUAUUCUGGGAGGUCCCCGUAUACCCCUUCAAGCUACACUGAGCUCUCUCGACACAUCCCGCAUGCUCAGAUAUGUCGACUGGGCCUCGGAUCAGAGGUUAAACCAUUCACGGUUGCCCAUUAUCGAAGCGUGAAUGUUUCCGAGGCGACGGCAGACAACAUCUGCAAGCCCCACGGAUGUAACUGGGAUUAUUACGAUCUCGAUCAUAACUGUCGACCCACCGAGAUUAUUGGGACUUCAGCAGUACCGUUGAACUGUUCCUUCGCACAGUCUUCAGGCUUUCCAUUGCCUGCGUGGAUUCGCGGCUACCAACAUCGGUCUAACGAGGUACUCGCCCAGCAGUGCCGAUGCCCCGAUAACCUGACGUUGGACGAGUUCAAAGCCUUUGGUCACCUGCGAUCCGGUCUCUGCCUGCAGUGGCGCAACAUCCUUACGCAAAUGGUCAUGCCCUGUCUUGACUUCAGCAGAGACGAAGUUGCCAUAUUGAUCCUCCAGGCGGCCUGCGAAGCCGGUCCUCAGGACGACUAUCCCGGAAGAAUACUCCGUGAUGCCCAUGUGUUUGUCGAGCACAAAGACUACAGCUUGUCACUUCUAGCUGGCCUCAGACAAGCAUUGGAACGAGUGCGCGAGAAUUGGGAGUGUGGACGCGCUAUGUUUAUGUUUGUCAGUCUCUGCGCAAGAAUCCUUUCGUUGCUACCAACUCGUCGUAUUCAGCAGGAAUGUUUGGCAUUCCUCACACAGGUCAGGUCAGUCUCGUGUCGCUGGAUCGCGGUUCUCCUGGAGAAGCGAGCCAAGACCGUCGAGGAGAGUUACAGGAAGGACUUGAGCGCCUAG